CGGAAGUCAAACGUUUGACUUUAAAUUUUUGUGUUUUUCUCUCGUGAGUCGCUGUGAACAGGGGGCUUCCCCCUUCAACAGCCAAGAUGGAGCCUCGUCAUGGGAUCAUGAAAGCUUUCCCCAAGGUUAAAAGAGCCAAAGUGCUACAGGGAAAGGAUGAGCCCCCUGUAAAGAAGAAAUCUAAUGAGCCUGUCACAGGUGACACUUUCAGGGGCGUCACAGUCUACAUCCUGCCCACUGGAAUCGGGAAUGCCAGAUGUGAGAUCUUCCAGAGACAGAUCGAGCAGAAUGGAGGGCACACUGAGAGUUCCCUCUGUGCCAGUGUCACCCAUGUGGUCGUGGAUGACAGUAUGGACAGUGUCAGGGCCUUUCGCCUGCUAAAAGUGGAUUGCAUGCCCUCUGGAGUCCAGCUGGUGAAAUGCACAUGGUUGAGCUCAUGCAUAUCUGAAAAACGUCUGCUGGACGAAACGAGAUACAGCCUUCUUUUGCCUACAAGGGACACUGAAACACAACAGGAAAAUAUUAAAGAAGAGCUGCCCCAUGUCAUCCCCAGUACACAGAAAAGUAUAGAGCCACAGCUGGAACAGCCCAAGCAAGAAGAAACUAUAGAAAUGACAAACCCAGACAGCAAAGAGGACUCGAGAGAAGAAGACGGAGUCUCGCAGAAUGAGUUGGAGGCUCUGAUCACGGGUCAGCAUCCUAAAGAGGAGACUCCUGGCCACAGCCUCAAUCCCAGCUCAAACUCUGAACACAAGGAGACUGUUUCAGGGAAGUGGGUCUGUGCCCAGUCUUCUCAGACCAAAAGUAAUAACUUCAACAAGCACAUCACAGACAAACUAGAAGUGCUGGCCAAAGCCUACACACACCAAGGGGACAAGUGGAGGGCCCUAAGCUACUCUAAGGCUGUCAACGCACUCAAGAGCUACCACAAGCCUAUCACCUCUUACCAGGAGGCCUGUCAGAUCCCGGGGAUUGGAAAGCGCAUGGCUGACAAAAUCGAUGAGAUCAUGGAGAGCGGUCAUCUGCGCAAGCUAGAUCAUAUCGGGGAGGCUGUGCCAGUGUUGGAGCUUUUCAAUAAUAUCUGGGGUGCAGGAGCUAAGACUGCGCAGCUUUGGUACCAACAGGGAUUUCGUACUUUGGAGGACAUCCGCACAAAAGCCAACCUGACCGUCACACAGAAAAUAGGGUUGAAGCACUAUGAUGACUUUCUAGACCGAAUGCCCAGAGAAGAAGCAGCCGCCAUUGAGAAAGUGGUAAAGGAGGCUGUCUGGGCCAUAGACCCAAAGCUGCUGGCAGUAGCUUGUGGAUCCUACCGUCGGGGAAAGGCAACGUGCGGAGAUGUUGACGUGCUCAUAUCUCACCCUGACGGCAAGUCCCACAAAGGAGUCUUCAGCAAAGUGUUACAGACCCUCCAUCAGAGCGGGUUUUUGACAGAUGACCUCGUGAGCCAUGAGGAGAAUGGAGAGCAGAAGAAAUAUAUGGGCGUGUGCCGCUUGCCAGGACCCGGCCAACGCCAUCGCAGGCUAGACAUCAUUGUGGUGCCCUACAAUGAGUUCGCCUGUGCUAUCAUGUAUUUCACCGGGUCGGCACACUUCAACCGCUCAAUGAGGGCCCUGGCAAAGACAAAACACAUGAGCUUAUCAGAGCACUCGCUGAACAAGGAUGUGGUGCGUCAAGGUAGCCUGAAAGUGCACAACGGAUCUCCACUUCCGACACCCACAGAGAGCGACGUUUUUAACCUUUUAGGCAUCCCAUUCAGAGAACCCCAUGAGAGGGACUGGUGAUCAUUUGUCUGCCACUGUUACAGUGCUUUGUAUGUUUUUAUUAUACAUGUUAUACAUAUAAUGAUGAUGCAGAUGGUGGUGGUGAUGGUGGUCAUGAUCAUGAUGAUGACAAUGGAAACUAUAAUUAUGCUUGAACAUCCAACGCUAUUAAGGAUAUUUUACAGGGCAAAAGUUUUAAGAUUCCUGCUUGACUUGAAUGAUAACUUAAGUUUUUGAGUACAAACAAACUGAUACAGCAGCUGCUUGGUGUGUGUUUUAUAUGAUGAGUAAUUAUUGUAAUAAACACUACUAUAUGAUG